CGCGGCGCCCGGCGCAUGGCGACGAUGCCCUGCCACAACCCGGCGCUGGGCGCGGGCGGGCCGCGGCCGCAGGACGAGGCGGGGGCCGGGGCCGGGGCCGGGGCCGGCUGCGGUGGGGGGCGGAGGAUGCGCUUCGCGGAGCCCGGCGGCGGCGGCGGCAGCGGCAGCGGCAGCCCCAGCCCCGACAGCACCAGCAGCGGGGGUGGAGCGGCGCUGGCCCUGUCGCCCAGCCCCGAGCGCGGCCUGCCGCCCGCGCCCCUCGGCGCACAGCUCAAGCUGCUGCCCAUGAACGACCAGAUCCGCGAGCUGCAGACCAUCAUCAGGGACAAGACAGCCAGUAGAGGGGACUUCGUAUUUUCUGCUGAUCGUCUGAUCAGACUUGUGGUUGAAGAAGGACUGAAUCAGCUGCCAUACACAGAAUGCACGGUGACCACUCCGACAGGGUACAAGUAUGAAGGUGUAAAGUUUGAAAAGGGAAACUGUGGAGUCAGCAUAAUGAGAAGCGGAGAGGCAAUGGAGCAAGGUUUACGGGACUGCUGCAGGUCCAUCCGCAUAGGAAAAAUCCUGAUCCAGAGUGAUGAGGAGACUCAGAGAGCCAAAGUGUACUAUGCAAAGUUCCCACCAGACAUUUACAGGAGAAAAGUUCUUCUCAUGUAUCCAAUUCUAAGCACUGGCAAUACUGUAAUCGAGGCUGUAAAAGUUCUCAUAGAACACGGUGUUCAACCAAGUGUCAUAAUCCUGCUAAGCCUAUUCUCCACACCCCACGGUGCCAAAUCCAUCAUCCAGGAGUUUCCCGAGAUCACAAUUUUAACGACAGAAGUUCAUCCUGUUGCACCAACACAUUUUGGACAAAAGUAUUUUGGAACGGACUGAGACUAAGCACAGACUGCCUGUGUUACUGUACAUUGUUAUAUUUUUUUUCUACAUUUUAUUAUUUGUGGCUGGGUUGGCCAAGAGUAUAUUUACAGAAUCUUUUUGGCCAAAGGGGAGCUAUUUGAUCUACGUUCAUUUGAUCUGGCUACUUCUUGAACAUUGAAUCAGGUGCAAUAAUGAAGCACAUUCAGUUACUGCAAACAAAAGGCAUUUCAAUGUUGUGCUUGUAUAAACCGCUGCACUCUCAGUGCUUUAACUUAUUUAUUCUUCCACAGCCCUGUUCUAUGGCUGCUUGCAAGAGCAAAAUAAAAGAAAAUAACUAAACUA